AUGGCCUCUAUUCGCGUUCUUUCCUUCGAUGCUGAGGGCCGUCCCGUGCAGUUCACUUCCUGGCUCGACGACCUGCAGUUGUAUCUUAUGAGCAAUAGCACGGACCACAUCUCCCUCUAUGACUACGCGUCUGGUGCUGCCGCUGCUCCUGCUGCCACAGCCGAGCUUAGUGUACGUUCACAGUGGCAGACUCGUGACGCUGCAGCUCGCCUGGCUAUUCGCAGUCACCUGCCGUUAGCUGAGCUAGAGCACUUUGGCGACUGCAAAACCGCUAAAGCCCUAUACGACGCUGUCGUUGCUCGCUACUCCUCACCUGCCACAGCCGAGCUUAGCCGUCUCAUGCUGCCUUACCUGUUCCCUGACCUGUCCACCUUUGCUACAGUCGCCGAUCUUAUCACCCACCUUCGCACUAGUGAUGCUCGCCUGCGUGCCGCCCUUCCCACCGAGUUCUGCGCUAAGAACCCCCCUCCCCUGUACUGGGCACUCCACUUCAUAGUCACCCGUCUCCCUGACACCCUCAGCUCAGUGCGCGACUAUUUCCUUGCUCGCUGUCCCACUGAGCUCACUGUCGCCCUCCUAGAGGAGAAGCUGCUAGCAGCCGAGAAGAGCAUUGUAGCUGUAGGUGCUGCUCGCGGCGCUCCUCGCACCCCCAUCUUUGAGGGGUGCUCUCCCUCUCCCCUCGCUCCCUCCUAUGCUACUGCUGCUGCUGUUGACUUCCUUGGUGCUGAGUCUGCUGGCGCUGCUUCUGCUCCUGGUGGGAGGCGCCGCACCGGCAAGGGCAAGGGGGGCAAGGGUGGCGGGGGUGGCGCUGGGGGGGGAGGGGGUGGGGGAGGUGGGGGGGGAGGCGGUGCUGGAGGGAGCGGUGGCGGGAGUGCCGGUGGGAGUGGGGCCGGCGGCGGAGGCGGGGGCGGCGGCGGGAGCAGUGGCGGUGGUGGCAGCGGCGGCAGUGGCGGCGGUGGCGGUAGUGGCGGUGGCGGUGGCGGUGGUGGCGGUCGGAGCGGAGGUAGUGGCGGCGGUGGAGGUCGGAGUGGAGGCACCGGCUCGGGCCAGAGCUCCCAGCAGCAGCAGCGUCCCCAGUCGACCCAGCAGCUUCGUGAGUGGCUUGCUCAGCGUGGGACGUCGGGGGGCAGUGGCCGCUGUUCCUAUGUCAUUCGCACAGGUGAUCGCAAGGGGCAGACGUGUGGAAAGUUCCACACUCAGUACCGCUGCUUCUUCCGCCUUGACGACGCUUGGCGUGAGGAGAUGGGCGAGGAUGUUGAGCGCCCUCGCUGGGCUGAGCUGAUGAGGGCUGGUGUUGAUAUCUUUGCUCUUGACUAUGAUGCUAUUAUUGCUGCCAUGUAUGCAUUGACUGUUAGUGCCGAGGGAGACUGUUACUUGUGUGUGCCGCCUGACCCAGGUAUAGGGCCCGCUGCCCUAGGUACUAGUGAGUCUGCUCUCUCUGGUAUGGUGCCCCCUGUACCUGCUCCCUCCAGCACUGUCCCUGCUGCUUGCGAGUCUGCUCUCUCAGGUACAGCACCCACAGAGACUGCUCUCUCAGGUACUGCACCGGCUGAGACCUGUCACACCUUCACCCUUGACUCAGGUGCUUCCCGCUGCUUCUUUCGAGACAGUACUGAGCUCACACCGCUUCCUGCACCGGUCCCAGUCUCCUUGGCUGACCCCUCUGGGGGCCCAGUCCUUGCCCAGUCCACCACUGUGCUCCCUUGUCCGGCGGUUCCGUCUGGCUCGUUGACGGGUUUCCACCUCCCCUCGUUCUCGACGAACCUGGUGAGCAACGCUGUCAUCCAGGAUCAGUGGGUUGACACCUUUACCCCUGGAGGACAGCGUGUGGCGAUCUGCACGUGCUCCAGGACCGGCCGUCACCUGGCUACGUUUACUCGUCGGCCGGGGUCGAGUCUCUACACACUGACCACUGCGUCUCCUCAGGUCGCUGCUGUCGGUCAGGUGUCCGCGUCAGGUCUGGUGGCCCACGCCUGUGAGUGUCGUUCCCUGUCGCACCAGACUCUUCUCUGGCACCACCGCCUGGGUCACCCCUCCUUGCCACGCCUCCGUGGCAUGCACCGUCGCCGCCUUGUGUCUGGUCUUCCCAGGUCCCUCCCUCCUCUCCCUUCCUCGCCUGCGCCGCCUUGCCUUCCUUGCGUCGAGGGGCGGCAGCGCGCCGCUCCUCACUCCUCGUUCCCCCCGACAGGGGCUCCUCUGCAGACCCUCCACCUGGACGUGUGGGGCCCAGCCCGCGUUCGUGGCCAGGGCGGUGAGCGGUACUUUUUGCUGGUUGUCGACGACUACUCGCGUUACACCACGGUCUUCCCCUUGCGCACCAAGGGUGAGGUCCCUGCUGUUCUGAUCCCUUGGAUCCGCACAGUUCGUCUCCAGCUCCGCCGCCGUUUCCGGACGGAUCUUCCUGUCCUGCGUCUGCACUCUGACAGAGGUGGUGAGUUUUCCUCCGACCUCUUGAGGACCUUCUGUCAGGCGGAGGGCAUCGAGCAGACCUUCACGCUUCCGGACUCCCCACAGCAGAAUGGGGUUGCUGAGCGCCGCAUUGGCCUGGUCAUGGAGGUCGCUCGUACCUCCUUGGUCCACGCGGCGGCUCCCCAUUUUCUGUGGCCGUUUGCUGUCCGGUACGCCGCGCAUCAGCUCAACCUCUGGCCCCGUGUCUCCUUGCCGGAGACCUCGCCCACACUGCGUUGGACGGGGGAGGUUGGCGAUGCGUCGCGCUUCCGGGUGUGGGGUGCUCGUGCCCUUGUCCGCGAUACGUCCGCGGACAAGCUCUCCUCCCGCACGCUUCCCUGUGUCUUCCUUGGCUUUGUCCCUGACGCGCCGGGCUGGCAGUUUUACCACCCCACCUCGCGCCGGGUCUUCGCCUCUCAGGACGUCACCUUUGACGAGUCGGUCCCUUUUUACCGUCUCUUCCCCUACCGUACUGCCCCCCUCCCUCCCCCGCCGCUUUUCCUUGCUCCUGUUGACAUCUACAUCAGCACAAACCAAAGCAAGUCGGCACAACAACACAGGCAUAGCAGCAGAUGUUAA